AUGGCAACUGAUGGGGUCCGUUUUAGGAGGGGAGGAGCCAAAGAGCAGUUGAUCCCAGACAAGCAGAUGACCAUGGGCACUUCCGUUGUUUCAUCAUCCCUUUCUUCUGCUCGGCAGGUGGACACAGAUGAUGUUCUCACCAAGGAAGAACAGAUUUAUUUGCUGAAUGAAGCUAAAGCAAAAUGUCACAAACAGAUAAAUGCAAAUGCCCGGAAGGAAAGAAUCCAAGAUGGACACUGUGUUCCUGAGUGGGAUGGAAUUAUUUGCUGGCCUGAGAGUUUUCCCGAUGAAAAUGUGGCAGUAUCGUGUCCAGACUAUGUCUAUGACUUUAACCAUAAUGGUCAUGCCUACAGGUACUGUGAUGCUUAUGGGAACUGGCAGUUAGUGCCCAAUAUGAACAAGACUUGGGCAAAUUACACAGAGUGUGCCAUAUUUUUUGCCCCGGAGCGGCACAUCCAAGAGAAGGUGGUGUUUGACCGCCUGCACAUCAUCUACACAGUGGGCUACUCCAUCUCCCUGGCCUCUCUUGUGGUUGCCAUGUGCAUCCUUUGCUACUUCAAGCGGCUUCACUGCACUCGGAAUUACAUCCACAUCCACCUGUUUGCCUCUUUCAUCUGUCGAGCUGUGAGCAUCUUCGUGAAGGAUAUUGUACUGUAUUCCACCACAUGGUCAGAAGGGCUGCCGAAAACACAAUAUGGCCACUGGGAUGCUGAAGAGCUGAGCCUCUCUUUGGGACCUAGGAGACACUUGGCAGGCUGUAAGGUCGCCGUAACCAUCUUCCUCUACUUCUUGGCUACCAACCAUUACUGGAUCUUGGUGGAAGGCCUCUAUCUCCACAGCUUGAUCUUCAUGGCUUUCCUCUCAAACAAAAGCUACUUAUGGGCCCUUACGCUCAUUGGAUGGGGGGUACCUGCUGUCUUUGUCUCUGCCUGGGCCAGCGUCAGAGCAUCUCUGGCUGAUACACAGUGCUGGGAUCUUAGUGCUGGAAGCAUGAAAUGGAUCUACCAAGUCCCUAUCUUAGCAGCAAUUCUGGUGAACUUCUUUCUUUUCCUCAACAUUGUGAGAGUCCUGGCAUCAAAGCUCUGGGAAACAAAUGCAGGGAAGCUGGAUCCGCACCAGCAGUACAGAAAGCUCUUGAGGUCCACCUUGGUUUUGAUGCCCCUCUUUGGUGUCCAUUAUGUGGUGUUCGUGGCCAUGCCUUACACAGCUGUCUCCAGUGUGCUCUGGCAAAUACAGAUGCAUUAUGAGAUGCUCUUCAAUUCUUUACAGGGUUUCUUUGUGGCUUUAAUUUACUGCUUUUGCAAUGGCGAGGUGCAGGCAGAAAUUAAGAAAGCUCGUUUCCGGAGAAAUCUGGUCCUAGACAUAAAGCAGAAAACCAGAGUCACUAGCACAGGAGGAAGCUGCUACUAUGGAGGGCUCAUAUCCCAUGCCACCAACAGUGUCAGCCUGAGUAUGGCCAGCUGGGGGGCAGCCUCAGCAGCAGCUGUGGCAAUGCCUCUGGGAGCCAAAAACUGGCUGCUCCAUUUUACCCCCAGUGCCCUCGUGUCAGAAUACAGGACUGCUGCCUUCACCCUGGAUAGAUCUCCAAGCCAAGAAAUGACACAGAAGGCUCUUACAGAGAACAUCAUGGUUUGGGAGGACUCUCCAGACCUAGAAAGAAACCACUCUAGUUUGCAAAAGGAGCUAGAGACCAUGCUGUAAAAGAAGAGAACGCAAGGAAGUGCAAUGAUCAGAGUACCAAAAUCAGAUAUAAAUCAGAUUUGCAAAUAAACAAAUGAAUUGUAAUUCAAACCUGUGCUAGUUAUUGCUCUAGCCAGUGAUGGUGAACCUAUGGCA